CGGCGGCAGCAGCAUCACCGGCCGCCGAGGGGGCUGCGGCGGGCACUCCGAGGACGCCGGGCACGCGGAGCGCUCGAACCUGCUCCCGGUGAGACCCGGAGUGAUGGCGACGCUCCCGCGGGCCGUCCGCGCCUGAGGCGCCGCGCCCCGCCCCGCCCUGCCCGGCCCCGCCUGCCCAGCCCUGCGCCCGACGGCGGCAGCCUGGGCGCUUCCUAGUCCGCGCGGGCGGCAGCCCAGGCGAGGUGCGGCCUCCGCUCAGGCGUGGGGCUUCGACACCGCGGGCUCGCCAUGGCCGCGUCCGAGCUCUACACAAAGUUUGCCAGGGUUUGGAUACCUGAUCCUGAGGAAGUCUGGAAGUCAGCAGAGUUGCUCAAAGAUUAUAAGCCUGGAGAUAAAGUCCUGUUGCUUCAGCUUGAGGAAGGAAAGGAUUUGGAAUAUCGUCUCGAUCCAAAGACCAAGGAACUGCCUCACUUAAGAAACCCUGACAUACUCGUGGGUGAAAAUGACCUCACGGCCCUCAGCUAUCUUCAUGAGCCUGCUGUGCUCCACAAUCUCAGAGUCCGCUUUAUUGAUUCCAAACUUAUUUAUACAUAUUGUGGUAUAGUCCUAGUUGCUAUAAAUCCUUAUGAACAGCUGCCUAUUUAUGGCGAAGAUAUUAUCAAUGCAUAUAGUGGUCAGAACAUGGGUGAUAUGGAUCCACAUAUCUUUGCAGUUGCUGAAGAAGCUUAUAAGCAAAUGGCCAGAGAUGAACGAAAUCAGUCCAUCAUUGUAAGUGGAGAGUCUGGGGCAGGAAAAACAGUCUCAGCUAAGUAUGCUAUGCGAUACUUUGCAACUGUAAGUGGUUCUGCCAGUGAAGCCAAUGUUGAAGAAAAGGUCUUGGCCUCCAACCCCAUCAUGGAGUCAAUUGGAAAUGCUAAGACAACCAGGAAUGAUAAUAGCAGCCGUUUUGGGAAGUAUAUUGAGAUUGGUUUUGAUAAGAGAUAUCGAAUCAUUGGUGCCAAUAUGAGAACUUACCUUUUAGAAAAAUCCCGAGUGGUGUUCCAGGCAGAAGAGGAAAGAAACUAUCAUAUCUUUUAUCAACUUUGUGCCUCAGCAAAGUUACCUGAAUUUAAGAUGCUCCGAUUAGGAAAUGCAAAUCACUUUCAUUACACAAAGCAAGGCGGCAGUCCUGUGAUUGAAGGAGUUGACGAUGCCAAGGAGAUGGCACAUACCAGGCAGGCCUGCACUUUGCUAGGAAUUAGCGAAUCUUAUCAGAUGGGAAUUUUCCGAAUACUUGCUGGCAUUCUUCACUUAGGCAACGUUGGAUUUACAUCUCGAGAUUCAGACAGCUGCACAAUACCUCCCAAGCAUGAACCUCUCAGCAUCUUCUGUGACCUCAUGGGCGUGGACUAUGAGGAGAUGUGUCACUGGCUCUGCCACCGGAAGCUGGCUACUGCCACGGAGACAUACAUCAAGCCCAUCUCCAAGCUGCAGGCUACGAAUGCCCGUGAUGCUUUGUCCAAGCACAUCUAUGCCAAGCUCUUUAACUGGAUUGUAGAUCAUGUCAAUCAGGCUCUCCAUUCUGCUGUCAAACAGCACUCCUUUAUUGGUGUGCUGGACAUUUAUGGAUUUGAAACAUUUGAGAUAAACAGUUUUGAACAGUUUUGCAUAAAUUAUGCAAAUGAAAAACUACAGCAACAAUUCAAUAUGCAUGUCUUCAAAUUAGAACAGGAAGAAUAUAUGAAGGAACAAAUCCCAUGGACUCUCAUAGAUUUUUAUGAUAAUCAGCCUUGCAUUAAUCUUAUAGAGUCUAAGCUGGGCAUUCUAGAUUUGCUGGAUGAGGAAUGCAAAAUGCCUAAAGGCACAGAUGACACUUGGGCCCAAAAGUUGUACAACACACAUUUGAACAAAUGUGCACUCUUUGAAAAACCUCGUCUAUCAAACAAAGCUUUCAUCAUUCAACAUUUUGCUGACAAAGUAGAAUACCAGUGUGAAGGCUUUCUGGAAAAGAAUAAAGACACUGUUUUUGAAGAACAAAUUAAAGUUCUUAAAUCAAGCAAGUUUAAGAUGCUACCAGAAUUAUUUCAAGAUGAUGAGAAGGCCAUUAGUCCAACCUCAGCCACCUCUUCAGGGCGUACGCCCCUCACCCGCCUUUCUGCAAAGCCCACCAAAGGUCGACCAGGUCAGACGGCCAAAGAGCACAAGAAAACGGUGGGGCACCAGUUCCGAAAUUCCCUUCAUCUGCUAAUGGAGACCCUCAAUGCCACCACCCCUCAUUACGUGCGCUGUAUUAAGCCUAAUGAUUUCAAGUUCCCAUUCACGUUUGAUGAGAAGAGGGCAGUACAGCAGCUGAGAGCAUGUGGUGUCCUGGAGACCAUCCGAAUCAGUGCAGCAGGGUUCCCCUCACGGUGGACGUACCAAGAAUUUUUCAGUCGUUACCGUGUCCUAAUGAAGCAGAAAGAUGUACUGAGUGACAGAAAGCAGACAUGUAAGAAUGUAUUAGAGAAACUGAUUCUGGACAAGGACAAAUACCAGUUUGGUAAGACAAAGAUCUUUUUCCGUGCCGGUCAAGUGGCCUACCUAGAAAAAUUGAGGGCAGACAAGCUGAGGGCUGCCUGUAUUCGGAUCCAGAAGACAAUCCGAGGGUGGCUACUGCGGAAGAAGUACCUGCGCAUGCGGAAGGCAGCCAUCACUGUGCAGAGAUAUGUGCGAGGCUACCAGGCCCGAUGCUACGCUAAGUUCCUGCACAGAACCAAGGCAGCCACCGUCAUUCAGAAGUACUGGCGCAUGUAUGUAGCCCGCAGGAAGUACAAAAUUACACGAGCUGCCACUAUUGUUCUUCAGUCUCAUUUGCGAGGCUAUUUGGCUAGAAAUAGGUAUCGCAAGAUACUCCGUGAGCACAAAGCAGUCAUCAUUCAGAAGUGGGUCCGGGGCUGGCUGGCUCGCACCUACUACAAGAAGACCAUGCAUGCCAUCAUUUACCUUCAGUGUUGCUUUCGGCGGAUGAUGGCCAAGCGUGAGCUGAAGAAGCUCAAGAUUGAGGCCCGCUCUGUAGAACGCUAUAAGAAACUCCACAUUGGCAUGGAGAACAAGAUUAUGCAGCUACAGCGCAAAGUUGAUGAGCAGAACAAAGACUACAAAUGCCUCAUGGAGAAAUUGACCAAUCUGGAAGGAACAUACAACUCUGAGACUGAAAAACUACGAAGUGACUUAGAACGUCUUCAACUAAGUGAGGAGGAAGCUAAGAUUGCCACUGGACGGGUUCUCAGUCUACAGGAAGAAAUCGCCAAGCUCCGGAAAGACCUGGAACAAACUCGGUCAGAGAAAAAAUCCAUUGAGGAACGUGCAGAUAAAUACAAACAAGAAACUGAGCAGCUGGUAUCAGUUCUGAAGGAAGAAAAUACUUUGCUGAAGCAGGAAAAAGAGGCCCUCAAUCACCUCAUUGUGGAACAGGCUAAGGAGAUGACAGAGACGAUGGAAAAGAAGUUAGUAGAAGAAACAAAACAACUGGAACUUGAUCUUAAUGAUGAAAGGCUGAGAUAUCAGAACCUUCUGAAUGAGUUUAGUCGCUUAGAAGAACGAUAUGAUGACCUCAAGGAAGAGAUGACUCUGAUGGUGAAUGUGCCGAAGCCUGGACACAAGAGAACAGACUCCACGCACAGCAGCAAUGAGUCCGAAUACACCUUUAGCUCUGAAAUUGUAGAAACUGAAGACAUUCCAUUGAGGACAGAGGAGCCAAGUGAGAAGAAAGUACCUUUGGAUAUGUCAUUGUUCCUCAAGCUCCAGAAGCGGGUCACAGAGCUGGAGCAAGAGAAGCAGAUGAUGCAGGAUGAGCUGGACCGCAAGGAGGAGCAGGUGCUCCGCAGCAAGGCAAAGGAAGAAGAACGACCACAAAUCAGAGGUGCAGAACUGGAAUACGAGUCACUCAAGCGUCAAGAACUGGAAUCAGAAAACAAAAAACUGAAAAAUGAGCUAAAUGAAUUACGCAAGGCCCUUAGUGAGAAAAGUGCCCCGGAGGUGACCGCUCCGGGUGCACCAGCGUACCGUGUCCUCAUGGAGCAGCUGACCUCCGUGAGUGAGGAGCUAGAUGUCCGCAAGGAGGAAGUCCUCAUCUUGAGGUCUCAGCUGGUGAGCCAGAAAGAGGCCAUCCAACCCAAGGAUGACAAGAAUACAAUGACAGAUUCCACAAUACUUUUGGAAGAUGUACAGAAAAUGAAAGAUAAAGGUGAAAUAGCACAAGCAUACAUUGGUUUGAAAGAAACAAACAGAUCAUCUGUGGAUUUCCAUCAGCUGAAUGAGGAUGGAGAGCUGUGGCUGGUUAAUGAAGGGUUAAAACAAGCCAACAGGCUCCUGGAAUCCCAGCUCCAGUCUCAGAAGAGGAGCCACGAGAACGAGGCCGAAGCCCUCCGUGGGGAGAUCCAAAGCCUGAAGGAAGAGAACAACCGGCAGCAGCAGCUGCUGGCCCAGAACCUGCAGCUGCCCCCGGAGGCCCGCAUCGAGGCCAGCCUGCAGCACGAGAUCACCCGGCUGACCAACGAGAACUUGUAUUUUGAGGAAUUACAUGCAGAUGACCCUAAGAAGUAUCAAUCAUAUCGGAUUUCACUUUACAAACGGAUGAUUGAUUUGAUGGAGCAACUUGAAAAGCAAGAUAAGACUGUACGGAAACUGAAAAAACAACUGAAAGUUUUUGCCAAAAAAAUUGGUGAAUUAGAAGUGGGCCAGAUGGAGAGCAUAUCCCCAGGGCAGAUCAUUGAUGAGCCUAUCCGUCCAGUCAACAUUCCCAGGAAAGAGAAGGAUUUCCAAGGAAUGCUGGAGUACAAGAAGGAGGAUGAGCAAAAGCUUGUUAAGAACCUGAUUCUGGAGCUGAAGCCACGUGGUGUAGCAGUCAAUUUGAUUCCAGGGUUACCAGCAUAUAUCCUAUUUAUGUGUGUUCGACAUGCUGACUACCUGAAUGACGAUCAGAAAGUAAGGUCGUUGCUAACAUCAACAAUUAACAGCAUCAAAAAAGUAUUAAAGAAAAGAGGUGAUGAUUUUGAAACUGUUUCCUUCUGGCUCUCUAACACUUGCCGAUUUUUGCACUGUUUGAAGCAGUACAGUGGAGAAGAGGGCUUCAUGAAGCACAACACGUCGCGCCAGAAUGAACACUGCCUCACCAACUUCGACCUGGCUGAGUACCGGCAGGUGCUAAGUGACUUGGCCAUUCAGAUCUACCAGCAGCUGGUGCGAGUGUUGGAGAACAUCCUUCAGCCCAUGAUCGUCUCAGGCAUGCUGGAGCAUGAGACCAUUCAGGGUGUGUCCGGGGUGAAGCCCACGGGGCUACGGAAGCGCACCUCCAGCAUCGCUGAUGAGGGCACCUACACACUGGACUCCAUCCUCCGGCAGCUCAACUCCUUCCAUUCGGUCAUGUGUCAGCACGGCAUGGACCCCGAGCUGAUCAAGCAGGUGGUCAAGCAGAUGUUCUACAUCGUGGGGGCUAUCACGCUGAACAACCUCCUCCUGCGAAAGGACAUGUGCUCCUGGAGUAAAGGCAUGCAGAUCAGGUACAAUGUCAGUCAACUGGAAGAGUGGCUGCGUGACAAGAAUCUGAUGAACAGUGGGGCUAAAGAAACCCUGGAACCUCUCAUUCAGGCUGCUCAGCUUCUGCAGGUGAAAAAGAAAACAGACGACGACGCCGAGGCCAUCUGCUCCAUGUGCAAUGCUUUAACCACCGCCCAGAUCGUCAAAGUGUUGAAUUUGUACACGCCGGUGAAUGAGUUUGAAGAAAGAGUCUCCGUGUCAUUUAUCCGUACUAUACAGAUGCGUUUACGAGACAGGAAAGACUCUCCUCAGCUGCUCAUGGAUGCUAAACACAUCUUUCCUGUCACCUUUCCUUUUAACCCAUCCUCCCUUGCACUAGAAACCAUACAGAUUCCAGCCAGCCUGGGCCUGGGGUUCAUAUCCCGAGUCUGAAAGUGAUGUCAAGGCAAACAGUGACAAUACAUUUCUUGCCUGAAAUAAGAACCCACUAUUUCCAGUGAGCUCCUGAAAACACAUUUGUAAAGAAAACGCAGUGGUCAGCUUCCAGACAAGAGGUCAUUAAUUUGCAUCACCUUAGAAAGAAAGUUACGCUUCUUUGUAGCAACACUCCCCGGUGACUGGUUAGGCAUCCCGAGUUUAUGUGCAGGAGAAUGGCAGAAGGAAGGGAAAAAUGUGUCUUCAGCUGCUAGCAUUUAUUUUAAAUCUUCACUGCAUCUAAAUGGUAUAAAAAAAACAUAAAUUCUAGAUAUGAGCUGAUGUUAGCAAGGUACCAACAGAAACCCCCCUCUGUGAUAACCAGAAGAAAAAUCAAUAUUGAGUACAUAUCAUAUCAGUUUAGGAAUCAAUGUUGAUGUUGUCAAACUGGAUCCAAGAAAUAAACUGGCAAUAUGUAUAGUAGUUAGUAAAGUAACUCUCUUAUAUGUGUCAUUAUGACGUAGAGGUGUAAAAAGAAUGCUGGUUUGCUAUAUAACAUAGAAGUCCAUUUGUACUGUAGCUUCCUGAGCAUUUUAAAUUGCUGCUACAUACUGUGUUCUUUAAAAUGUAAGUGAUAGAGACUCUUAUUAGGCACUACAACAAUAAGCUUCUCGUUUAUCAGUUCUGUUUACAAUUCAAUCAGAUCACACUUUCAACUGGAUUGUGUGCAAAUAUCUGCAGAUCCCCCUAUACGCGUAGCAGACACUGGAAAGUCACGUAGUGAUAAACGUUAGACUUUGAGGGGUGGGAUUAGACAGGACAGCAACUGUUGCUGCCAUGACUUUUUCAGGACGCGUUGCACCGAUGUGCUCAUCGUUUCUCCCUGGGCGGGUAUCACAGCAGGUGUGGUGUUCUGUGAAGUGACUUAUUUUUAGUUCCCAGAGCUGACUCCCGCAGUGCAUAUAUUCAGCCCUGACAGGUUUUCUUUCUUCUUAAUUUAUUAAGAAUUCGUCUCAGUCACUAUCUAGAGAACAUUGUCAGCGUAUUCAUGAUUCAGGUCUUAAAAACCUUGAUUAUCCUAUAAAUUAAGCAAAAGAAGUAUAAUAAAUAUGAUUCCAUUUUUUUAGGCUUGCAGCUUCUAUACAUGUUCUCAGUACUACUAGAUACUUUAAAGAGCAUCCAUCAGGUUAGAAAUACUCUGACAUAGAUAAGAAAUAGAAGAAGACUGCUGAAUUUUACAGAGGAUUUGGCUCAAUAAGACCCAGAUUCUAUGUUUUCAUUCUGAAACUCCAAUUAAAUGUAUUCUGCAUUUUUUCUUAGAUAUCUUAUACAAUAAAUCUUUCAAGUUGUGCAAAAGCAAAUUCAUUAGAAACUCUGGUUCUGCAUUACAAUCAUAGAUUUAUAUAAUUUAACUCCUAGAUGGUUUAUAAAAUGACAUUUUAUUAAAAUAUGUGCAAUAUUAUCGAUGGAAGUCAAAACAAUUUCAAAUCAAUGAUAAAGAUUGUUAUUAAAAGAUAAAUACUGUCUGUUAACUUAUUUGGCCUCAAAUUCCUCUUUUACACAGCAAGAGGGUUGGACAGCCAAGUCCUAAGGUCCCUUCCGUGUCUAACAUCCUCUCCUCUCCGAGCUUGGUUCCUAGAGAAAUGGGCUGAGUUCCUCAGUAUGUUUAUGCAAAGACCAGCAUUCGGUGCCCGUUAAGUCUGAGGGAUUAAUAAAAUGUAGUGUCACAAAUCUAUGAAGCUAUAGCCGCCUUCAGUGUACAUGAUUUAUGUCCAUGCUUUUAGAAAGUUACAUUUAGGUAAUUUUUAUUGUCACGUACUGCUGUAUUCAGUUUGUAUACAUUUAUUUAUUUGCAAAACCAACCCAAACACUACUAAUUCAUUCAGGUUCUCUCAAUUUUGCCAGGUUUGUCAAUGUGGCUUUCGAUGAACUCAUAACCAUUUGGUUAGUACUGAAUGUGUCAUAGUUUAAGAGCAUGGAUGGGACUUGGGUGGGGAAAUGCUUAAACAGACAAUGCCUCCAUGGUGUCCACGGUCCACCUCUGGCCCAGAAACCUCCCAGCCCUCCCAGCUCAGUGCUGUGUCACGUGUCCCAUGCACGCCCUCAGUCUCAUCAGGUCUUCAGGGUCACUCUGGGGCUCCCACUGCCAUCGCAGCUCUUUCUCUUACCCCUAGACAACUCGUAUACUGAAGUGUCUCUAGUCUGGGCCUGUGUCUGUCUCCUGAGUGCUGUCUCUGCUGAAAGUGCAGCAGCCUGUUCCUCCCCUGGGCCAGAGUCUCUGUUCAGGGAUGGCCACACAAAGGUUCUGAUGUUCCAGGGCUGCAGCUUCCUCCAAGCCCUGCUCUGAACCCCAGGUGGGGGUCUGGAUUAUCUUCUCUUAGCAGCCUAAAGAUACUUAGUCACAACUAGAGCACCCUAUCAGCAGGGACCCCCACAGCCCGCUAAUGACCCUGUGUGCUACUUGAGGAUGCAGCAAUAUUCUGCUGACUCUGGGAAUCGUUUGGCCACUUUGAGGACUGCACACCCUUCCUUCUGUCCAUCCACACUUUCUCUUGCAGCUUCAAGCACACCUCCAGCAGCCUUUCACCCACCCAUUUAUCUGUUCGCUCUUCCCCUGCCUCCUGCAAACUCAGUGUCCCAUCACCAGCCUACUUCCUGAUCUGACUGCGUGCAGUCAGUGGGUGGAGUCAGUCCUCAGCUGCCCCCAGCCUGCCUGGUGGCUUCCCUUCCGGCCAAUCUUAGUACAAUUUCUUCUUACUUCUCUCUUACAUUCUUCAACAUUUUCACUAAUUUACUUUUGUAUAAUUCUCCUCGGACACACAAGAGGAAUUCAAAGGAAGAUCUUAAAACCACAGCAGCUCAUUGUCUUAAUAGCCCCUUCGGAAUACUCUGCCCCCACUUCUUACCUACAGCUGCAGCUCCCACCUUGGAAUGCGAAGUUGAAAAAUUAGAGGCAGUUUCCCUUAUUGCUUUUCUUCCGUUAAGGUUUUGAUCUGCCUGAGAAGAUGAAUGUGGCGUAAAGUCCAUGAAUGUGGCUUCACUAUUCCUUUGGAGGUUUUCGAUAAUCCCCACAUACCUGACACUUCUUUUGUAGGAGCAGAAGUGCAAAUGUAUAUAUUCCAAAGCCAAUUAAAAGGAGCUUGGGGGAUUUGAAUUAGUAUGAUUUGCUUUAUUUUAAUGGAUAAUUUAGAAUUGGCUUUUUCUGAGUAUAUGUAAUGUAGAUCAAAUCUUUUAAUAACUGGGGGAGGCUAUGAAAAUACUUUAUUAGAAUUUCAGUACAGUGAUUAUUGUGAGAAAUUACUUCCCUGGUGACCCUAGGUAAAGGGGCACCUGCCACUGUCCUGAGAAGAUCUCACCCAGUGUUUCUCUGUCCCUCCCCUCGCCUCCCCACCCCCUCCCAUAAAACACUCACUCACAGAGUCACCAGUUCACAGAGUUCCCCAGGAAGCACGGUCAAGUAUCCUCUGGGUAACUUCAACUAUUCAGGAUAAAACAGAAAGCAGAAAUUACUGUUUGACCCUUAAAUUGUCUUGUUGAAAGCUGCACAGAACAGUACCAUGCAUUGGCUAUGCUUUACUUCAGUGCGCUCUCUGUUACCUCACUGUCUCCUCACAGCAGCAUUGGAAGGUAGAAAAUGUAGCCACACUCGUCUGCUGAUGAUAUUUGAGAGAGAGGUAAGGUCAGACUUGCCAGAGGUCCCGCAGCCCCCCAGCCAAGCCGCCUUCCCGUGUGCAGCGGUAGCAGUGUGGGCGGAAGCAGCGAGGACACUUGAACUAGUCCUGAGGUUAUGUCUGUUCCCCUUGGUACCUGUGGGGUGGCCAGAUCAGCAAGAGGCGCUCCUUCUCUUUAUCAGAGUUAGCAGCUGGCAUAUGGGAACUGAGCAGUGAGCAAUACCGAGCAGCAGUUCUUUGUGCUAACAAGAUAAAGAGCCUAGAGCCCAGUAGUUUUCCUUCCGUCAUAGUUACCUGCUAUGACUAGGUUUGACUUAAUGUAAUGAGUCAGUGCUCCCUUGGAGGGUGCAGUACUCUUGUUCUUAGGUCAUUAAUUAGAAGCAGGCUGUCUCUGCCUGAUGGAAAGCAGUGAACGCCUCUCCAAAGUGAAGAGGAAGGUCACUCUCAAUACACCCCGCUCUGCCACCCAGGGUUGUUUGAACAUCGCUGUGUGUGCAUGCUGCCAGUGUUUACUGUGGAGCUAGGAGGUGUGCUGUGUGCAUGCGUGUUAGAGAGGCUGUGUAUUGCCGUGGCCUCUGCUCAUGAAUAAGUGCAUUGUAAUUUCUUCUCAGGCUGUGCUGUGAGGGCCGCCUUAACCCCUGCUCCCUUCCCUCCUGGAGCUGCCUUAAGUUCUCUGCAACUUUUCCUCUGCAAGGGGACACAUUGCCUAGAGAGAAUAUCAGGCCCUGUUUCUCAAGGUUUUGUGAGGGUUUUGGUUGGGUGUGGCCUCCAACCACUAAUUCCUUUCUCCUCAGUCUGCAUGAUCCUCCCCCACCUGUUACUUCCUCCUUUCUUUUCUGCUAGUCCUAGACAGGUAUUAGCAUUCUGAGGCAGCAGCAGUCUCAGAGAGAGCCAGGGAAAUGCGGGCUUAGAAAGUGUUCCUGAGUUCGGCGGGCUCUGUGUCACAAGGAAGCAGAUGAACAUGUGGAAGAAACACAGAGAUGUUAGAGUCUGGGUGGUAUUUAAAUAGCUUGUUUUCCACUGACCUUUUCUUAAUAAAGGUAAAGAGUAUAACUGUAAAACUUUUCAUGGACAUUCUUUAAAAGUUUUUUUGAGAAACCGGUACAAUAAAAGAUUGAAAACAAGAAAGAGUGCUAUAAAUUCUAAUCUACUGUAUUACCCUAAAUUAAAUCAGCCUGGAGUUAGUGGAUUUUCAGUAGAUCAGGAACUGAAAAGUACUAGGUAACACAUCUGCCAAAAUGCAUUUUAUACCUUUUUUAUUUUAUAAUUUGGUCUAGCUAAAAUGUUCAUUAGCUUAACUUAAUGAGUGUUAUUAGAGUCAUAAAUAUCUGAAAAUGACUUUUUAAUAUUGUAAUAUUGCCUGAAAUAUUUGAAAGAAAAAUGUUUUUGAGUUGAAACUGGAAUGUAUAAUUCAAUGCUUGGUAGGUCAGUACAUUUUUAUGCAUUUUUCAAAUAUCUUAUUGUUACCAUAUGUUGUAAAAUUUUAGACUGCAUUUCAGGCUUUCUAAAUCAUUUGAGCCAUUUAAUUUUUUUCCAACAAAUGGUGAUUUUUUCCCUUCAAAUGUGGAUAUGUAUAUUGUAAUUUAUGAUUCUUAGUUAUGUAUUUUUGUGGAAUCCUGGAAGUAACGUUGACUUUUUUGUGUCUUGGAAAUUUAAAUUGCUCUAACAGUGUUGCAUAGAAACGAGUUCAUGACACUUAACACUGUAUUUUAAUUAUUAACUUUAAUUGUUAAUUGACUGUGAGAUGGAUAUGCUUUUUAACUAAAAUGAAAUUGAACAUUGCAAUUUUCCAAAUAGUUUUUCUUGUCGGACCUGGAAAAGGAAUUCUACUUUGAGCUACACAGAAAAACAAACUACAGCUCAUCUUUUAAAAGUUCUUAGGUACAGUAUUCAUCCAUGAAAAAGGAAGCAGAGGUACUGAAAAAUGAAAGGCAUUAUCAACCCACUCCAGUUUUAAACAGAACCCAUCCCAGCAUAUCUCACAUGGAGUUUUUAAAAAUAAGUUAAUAAUUCACCUCAUAUCAACAAGAUAUCAACUACUGCUAAGAUGAAAACCAAAACAAAAUCAGAUUGACAUUUAAGCUUUGUAGUUGUCUAAUGUUGUACUUAGUAAGUGUGCGUCAUUAAUGCUGUAUUCUCCUAGCUAUUAUAGAAAAUUGUUCAAAUAAAGGUAUGGAUAUAA